UGUCAUUGUCAUUCAUUUGUCAGUUGACUUUGCUUUGGGAUUGCAAGGUGUUUUACGUAACGCUCUACGAAGUAAGAACACAUUAUUAAAAAUGCUGGCUCGAAUGGGUAGACGACAAGCUGAAAUGCUGGCAUCCUUUGUACCCUCGGCUGCAGCUUUUGGAGGAGCAGGAUUUUGUGGUCUCCUAUAUUUCACGGAUUGGAAAGUGUUCGUGACUUACAUACCCUUCUACGGUGGCAAAUUUAAAGAUCAGAAGACAGAAUAAUUUGUUACUAUAAUGGUCUGUAAUCUGUGUUAAUUUUGUUGUAAUUAUAAGCAUGUAGUCCUA